UCUCUCUCUCGCUCCCUCUCUCAUGUGGCUGUUUUUAUAGUGAAUUUGAUUUGGGCUUCCUUAUCGGCUCGCAGCAGGCAGGAAGAAAGCGGCCAAGGAUCCCCAGACCUGGCAGCCAGGCUGGCAUGUUUGAAACAACAAGCUUUCAGAUCAAACAUGAUUAGUGUGGGCUGCUAGCAUCGCAUGAGAUCAUUUCUGCGUGUUUUGCGUGAGUGUGAGUGUGCGUGUGUGUGUGUGUGUGUGUGUGUGUGUGGGAGGGGCCGCUCACUUAGUGCCACCUGAUGCUCGACGCACAUCAGGCCCCCUUCAGUCCCGGCAAUCAGCACACCGCACGCCAGUGAACGCGUUCAGCUGGACUACCACAAAAAGGCUUUUUACAUGAAUUUGCCCUGCAGGCGUUCAGCUGCUGCUGCAGAGGAGAACAGCCCUUCAGUGCGCGCGCUCACUCUUAAGUCGCACCGUGCGUCCCGCGCGCUUCACUCGCUCUGCAUUCACCGGGAAGGGGGAACAAACUGGGGGGGUUAUGUGUACUUUUUUUUUUUAAGAAUCCAUGAAACCGCAUAACCCCCCGCGGGGUCAGUUCACGUUGCCCGGGUUUUGUGGUUGCGUGGAAACAUAAACUACAACGACAACAAAAGAGGAGAAGGUUUUCGGUCAGCGGAGAGGAGCCGCGGAGUGCAGGAGCCAUUUCCAGAGACGCGUCCGCGGUUUCCCGCAGCGGAUCGGGUGCAGAGGUUGAGCGGAGCAGCCUUGUUGUCGCGGACCGAUCCGCGGAGCUGAUCAGCGGGGGAGCCGCUCCGUCCACCCAGAGACGCGCCAUGGAGAGAAGAGCAGAAACGGGAGCGGCGACGUUCGUCAGCACCAGGGGAGAUUGAUGUGGACUUCCACCCUGAACUCCUGCGGUCUUCCCUGGAGCAUGCCCGUAGCCCACCAUGCACCUGGCUGCAGUCUGGCUGCUGCGUUACUCGGUGGUCAUGUGUUUGCUGUUGCACAGCUUGGUCUUGAUGGCCUUCUGCUUCCAUCAUGCUGCCACCACUUGCUCCAAGAGGUGCUACUGCUCUGAGACGGAGAGUGGAGGCAAGACGAUGCGUUGCAGCAAUCUGCAGCUCACGGAGAUCCCAGAGGACAUCCCCAACGACACGCAACAUGUCUACCUUGACUUCAAUCUUCUAUCCGCAGUACCACCGAAUGCGUUUGCUGGUUUGACCCACUUAGUAGAACUGGAUCUGUCGCACAACGAGAUAAGCCAGCUGGAGCCCGGAGCAUUCAGAGGACUCGGUUCCUCCCUGCAGUUCCUGGAUCUGUCUUCAAACAAGUUGGUGAACUUUAACCCUGACGCCUUUGAGGGCCUUCGAGCUCGCGCCAAUCUGACGAACAACCCGUGGCUUUGCGACUGCAAUCUGCAGAUGGCAUUGCCCCGUGUGGACCUGGAGCCAGCCUCGCUGACGGGUAUAGUGUGCCAGACGUCUGAUCCAGAGGAAAUAGGAGUUCAAGGACUUGCGUUCCUGUUGGAACCGGAUAUAGACCUGUGUGUGGUGAUGAAGAGGACUACAGAUGUAGCUAUGCUGGUUGUUAUGUUUGGCUGGUUCACCAUGGUCAUUUCCUACCUGGUCUACUACGUCCGUGCAAAUCAGGAGGAUGCCCGCAGACACUUGGAGUAUCUCAAAUCGUUGCCCAGCAGGCAGGGCAAGUCAGAGGAGUCCUCCACCAUCAGCACUGUGGUGUAGUCACAAACAGAACCUAAAAUCCUAAAUCACCACAAGCAGGUGUGGCAUGUAUCUAGAAAGUAAUUCUGAAUCUCAAGGAUUUCCUUGCUGUUGAAGAGAGGAAAUAAAACAUUUUUAUACACAGAAAGACUGAGGUGGAUGUAAUGUAGUCCGGAUAAAUAAUUCAUCUUUCUGGAGGCCAUUAGAACUUUUUGUUGGCUGAGUUGAUGGCCUUGCCUGUACACUAAGCAAGUAAAAGCAGUGAACUCCAGAAAUGGAAUACAAAUGGGUUUUAUCCAGUGGUGCAUGUAUCUCAAUGCUCCUCUACAGUGGUCAAGACACAGUUAGCAAUAUCAAUGGUCUUACAGUGCUAUUAUCACGCUCUGCGUAAUAUGUUUCUCAGUAGAGUCCUAAUAUUAUAGACCCAUCUAAUACAAGUAAAAGUGGCAUUUUCAAGUUAAUAUGAUGUUCUGUGAGUUUGUCUUAUUGAGAACAAUAAAGACACACUGCUUCAGAGCAGUCAAUCAAACGUUUGGAACUUUAACACAUUUUGGAGAUGUUACAGCUGCAAACGCAGGUGAAUGUUCAACACAAGGUAAACAUAACUGUGAAAUGAACAUGAAAUAUGUUUUUUGUGUGGUGCACACUAAUCACAAUGACAACUGCCUUCCUACGCAAUUCCACUUGAUUCUCAUCUCCCUUCACUGCAUCAUCUAGAAUUUCUGACUUCAUUUCUCUAGUUGAUUUUCAACCGGGCCAAUCAGCAAAAAGUAAGGGUUGUGAACAAUGGCGUUAAGUUUCUGUGCUGUUUUACAAUUGCAGUCUGCCUAAAUAGGGUUGUAGUUUGGCAAUGGCAGUGGAGCGUAGGAUGUGAACAAAGACAUUCAGUCCGUGUUGGCCACGCUUCCAAAUAUUGAGCAAUUCAAAUGGGAGCAAGAGGAAUGUUUAAGACAUUUUAUUGCUGGCAAAGAUGUUGUUCAGCUCAGCACUUCUCUCUUGACAUCCUUGGGGGAUGGUAGUUUAUAACGCACAUAAUUUCCAGUAACUUUCAAAGCUUACUGGAAAUGCAUCAUGUCCAAACAUUAGUCUUUGGAUAAAAUUAGGUCAAACUUAAAAGAGAGUUCACGCCUCCAGGAAGCAGUCAUUUCACAAUAGCUGUAGGUCCAGACCCUUUGGACGAAGCCAGGAGUAAAACAAGGCGGUGAAUUGUA